CUUGAGAGAUCGCAUUGAAUUCAAUGCAAUCUCCUUCCUUCUCUCUCUCGUCCUAUAUAUCGUCGUCCCAAAUCUCCCUUUCUCUCUCUCUCCACCAAAGCGGAACGGCAUGGCACAGGAGAAGAUGAACAGAGACGAAGUGGAGGGAAAGAGAGAAGCAGAGAUGAAGGCCAGUAACGCCGGCGACGGCCGGGUGCACUCGACGUCGCAGGCCCUCGAGCUCGACCUGCUCGGCAUCGCGAAGGCCAAGCCGGUCUCUCCGAAACGCCCGGAACGGGUGUUCCCCUGCAACUACUGCAGGAGGACGUUCUACAGCUCGCAGGCGCUCGGCGGCCACCAGAACGCGCACAAACGCGAGCGCAGCCUCAACAAUCGCGGAGUCGCCGCCGAUGUUCCGGAGUACGGGACAUUUCCGUUUCCGCACUACUCAGGACGCAGGAUCGGUGUCCAAGUGCGCUCCAUGAUUCACAAGCCGUACGUCGGAGCGCCGUUGGCUGCCGACGCCGCCGGCGGGAUGUUCUAUGGGCCGCGUCGCCACGAGUAUUUUCGGUUCUACGCUGCGGCGGGGAGAGUUCCCCAGCCGCUGCCACUUCAGGUGGCCAAAUCGGAGGAGGCGUCGACAUCAUUCGAUAGGAAGCAGGAAGAGUUGAUCAAUCUUGACUUGACUCUUAGGCUUUAG